AGAAAAGGAAAAUUCCAGAGCCAUUAGCGACCAUGGAGUUUGUAUUGGGAUCUAUAUGUUCGCGAUGUAGUGUGGACUGUGAAUCUAACAGAAGGUAGGAUUUCUGCGAUCUGUAGAGUAAACAGAUACAGUGUAUGAGACAACUGAUUUCCAGAUGGAAGAAGAAAUGAUGUAUGAGCAGAAGUUCCAGCAGAAGGCUCAGAAGCAAACUAAGCAGAAGAAAUCAAAGUCGGCUGAAUUUCUGAUGGUAAAAGACAACAGAUCUGCAGCAGAAGGCAUUGAAAAUCCUGCUUUUAACAUCAGCACCAGAAACCUUUCAGCAUAUCAUAAUUCAGCAGAAAAAGAAAUUAGACAUGACAGACACGAUGGCACCCUUGCAGUUCAUCAACAAAAACUCCUGCUCCAAACCUAUGAUCAAGGAAGAGCACUUGACAAGAAAGAUGACAUGGACUUCUGUCUAAAGCUACUGAAACUCCUGGAAGAUGAAGAAGGAAACCUGGAGGAAGGCAUUAAAGAAACCACUGGACCUUGCAUGGGGCGUGAAAGCACUGGAGUUCACAGCAAUAUAUUGGGCCUGCGGCAGGAGGUGGAGAGUGAGACGAUCCCUCCUUAUGUUGAACAGUUCGAGGAGAACAUACAAGAUGACGUGAUUAUGGUUGGCAGGCUUUCACUGGAACAGGCCCAAGAUCAACGACAGAGGAUUCUUAAUGCACACAUUGAUUGCCAGUCGCAAGAGCAGCAUCUGGUUCUGUUGGAAAAACUGUCUGUCAAAUCACAGGAGGAAGAAACCAAACGAGUGAUGGCAUUUGUAAGGGAAAAAGCAAAGGGAACAAAACCUCAGGAGGAGUUCAAUCCUGAGCAGUCAGACAUUUUCCAGGAGAGUCUUCAUGCAGCCUUCCAGAUCGCUGAAAACCGAUUGCUAAAAGCACUAGAAAGCCGCAGAGGUGAAGUAAUGGCUAUAUACGGUGACCUGACUGAAGUCAAACACCAACACAGUGGUAUGCAAGGCCAUUGCUGGAAGGUUGAAUGGUCUGGCACACCGCAGCCUGUUCAAAUCGAACUGAAGUGUCUACAAGCUGUGAAGGAUAAAUUGCCUAAAGGACAGUUCAUCCUCAGAAUUUCAUUGUACAGUCGGCUUGGGGGCUAUCCACUUCGAUGGUCGAACGCGAAGGAUCACAAUUGGACAGGGACAACCCAACCAGUCCACCAUGAUGGCAACUUUUAUAACGUGGAACUGAGUUUCAAUCAGAGCAUUGCUGUGGUUUUACCUUCACAAAAUGAUGUUCAACCAGGAAUGGUCCUAGUCUUUGAGCUCUUUCUGCUCCAUGGAAUUAAUACAAGGAUUGAACGGCCAGUGGGAUGGGGUGCAUUUCCCAUCUGUGACAGCCAGAUGGAGAUUUUGGAAGGAAAAUACAAAUGUCCCCUUUUAAGGGGACACAAAGACUCCAAGAUAGAUGAAUUUCGAAAAAUUGAAGACCUUAUAUCAUCAGAUAUUGAUCACUGGCUGUGUAACCUCUAUUUCCAGGUAAUAAAGCUCCCCAAAUCUCUUCUUGGGCAGAAGAAGUAUGUAGUGGAACUCCAGCUACCUCCACACUUUGUCAACUUGCCUGAAUGUUCUUAUGCCCUUGGGAAGAAUGAAACCAAUGAGAGCACACCAGACAACAGCUCAGGCCUGAAGGAACCGGCAACAAUCAAUGGUUUUCGUACGGAUGGGAAAGAAAAAGCAAAUUUGAACCUUAAAGAGUCAAAUUUGAAUGACGAAGUCCAUCAGAAUGAAUAUGGUGGCCUGAGACAGAAAUCAGCUCAGGAUUCCUGUGGAAGUAACAUUGACUGCGAGGAGAAAUUUAAUGAGUUGACCGCAGCGAAUGAUGAGAGUGGAAUGUUCUUCCAGGCUAUUCAUCAUAAUCGGCUUGAAUUCCAUACCAAAGCUAAGUGCCAGAAUCCUGUUGAGAGAAACAGAUUUCCACAGGUGCCCCCAUACCUGGAGGACCUGGAUCAAUACCGGUUCUCUGUCUUGUCAGAUUCUUCCCCUGACAAAGCAAUGGAAACUCUUGCUAUGCGCACCUUAUUUUUGGGUAAGAUGUUCCUGGAAGAAUUCGGAAUUUCAUGCUGGUGCUCGUCGGAGGUUUUGCUCGUUAUGCUGCUCAUAACUUUGAACUGGUUUCUGCGGCUUUACCUGCACUACUGUAGCCAGUGGAUCUAUCUCCAGGCCAAUGGUGUCCCUGUCAACAAGUUCAAUUUUUAUCCACACACAGUUGAACUCUGCUACCAGAAUUCUCUGCUGCACACUUGGGAGGAGUUGACCAUUGUAGCCCUGGGACCUCUGACCUUGAAUGUGGCUAUGCUUGUUAUGGCUAUGAUCAGAUGGCUCUGUCAUAUAUUAUUUGGCUCAUUCCCGUCCUUCUUGUCAAGGUUUAUCAUGGCAAUGGGAAUUUGGACAGUGCUUGACCCUCUGGCAAUAUUUAUAGUAGAUGGCAUCCUGGGGCGCCUGGCUUACAGCACAGAUAGUCCAAUAGCAGAUGCAGCCAAGCUUUACUGGCUGUUUUACAGAGUGCAACAUUCUGGGAUCCCUGGCAUACUUAUUACAGUCAUCUUGUAUAUUGUGAUGUUCGUUAGCUCCCUUGCAAUACUGUGCUUCUAUAUCUUAAGGCUGCACAAUAGAGGGAGGCUUCUAGAUGUCUUCUACCGACUGCAUAGCACUGAGGGGAGAUUUUUUGUUCCUCUGGAUUUGGAGCUGUCAAAUCAAGAGCUGAACUACAUCAUCAAAAAGGCGGAGCAAUGGAGGGGGAUCAAUGGUGAAAGAAGGAAGGUGGCAGUGUACGACUACAUCUGGAAUGAUGAGCACAUCACACACCCGUCCUGUAGCUGUGCAUUGCAGGAGUGUAAUCAAACCUCUGGAUCAGAAGCUGGCUGUAGAGAGAUCACCACUCAUGUGUCAAUCUACAUCGUAUACCUCAGUGGCUUGCAAGAGCUGUACAGGCAUUUCCUUCGCCUGCCUGAUGGUGCCAUUGUUGAGGUGUUUGAUGCUAUUAGUAGCACAAAUCCUGCACGCAGUGAGGUAAACAUGUUGAUGCAGAGGCAGGUGAACAAUGUGGACAAUGUGUUGAAAUCCUCUGCUUCAUCUGAACUCCGAGAAAGACAGAGAAAAUUUUGAUUUGGUUGCAACAAGAAGCUACUACUCACUUCUGGUACUUGUGGUGUAAAGAAUUUCAGAUGACCAGAGAUUGAAGGCUCAUCCACAUUUGGAAGAAAAUUGAAUAAUUCCUCCAACACCAUCGAUAUCAGUCGUAUCAUCAGGUUUCUUAGUCAUGUAGAGAUGUCAGGCAUCAAUGUGAUUAAUCUUGAGUGAUAUUUUUUUUCUAGCAGGUACAAUAAUUAUUUUAUUUGAGACCUAAGAAGUCUUCUUUUUGUUGAACCAUAUUGAUCAGUAGUAUUUGGCUUCUGAACUAAUUGAGGUUCAUCAACGUAUUGUAGAAUUUUAAGAGAAAUACAUACAUUUCUGCUCAGAAAUAAGAAGUGUUGGUUUUUAAAGACAUGGACAUUUUCCAUAUUUUCUGCAUUUUAAUAGUAUUCUCAGGAAGCCUUUGAUCCGGAGUGGUGUUGUGCGUGUGCCACCCAAUUCUCUGUCUGCAGGUUUUUCAUUCAUCCUCUUCAACCAAGCAAUUUUCUCAAUUAAAAUAUUAACAUUCCCUUUGGUGUCAAGUUUGAAAUGAGCUGGAUGACUGUUAACCUGUAUAGUCUGUGUCAUAUUUGAUUCAGAUAAAUCGUUUAUAACUUGUAAGAAAGUUUGGUUCUUCUCUCCUAAAGAUGGCAUGCUGUCAUAUAAUGCGUGUUCACAUAUUCAACUAUACAUAUCUCUUGAUAUUUCAGUUCUUGUCCAAAGGCAAUAACUGUUAGAUGUGAACCUCUGUAUGCAAAUAAGCAUUAUUAGUUCCCUUGUUCAACAGAUUUUUGACUUAUACACAUUCUCUGAAAAUGUCUCAUUUCCUUAUAGAUGUUGCAUUGGUAUGAUAAAGCUAGAUAUUGUUUCUGUUUGUGUAUUUUUAACUCCACAUCUGGAGCAAUAACACAUAGCAUAAAAUGAUUUAAAGUUUUUUAGUAUUUUUCUAUCAUGUAAUGUUUUGGUGUUUUGUAUCUUGGAAAGUUGGCAAAGACUGAUGAACUUCUUGUGCUUGAUUGGCUUUCUGUUCCCAAAUUUUUCACAUGUUGUUUUUGCAUUUCAGCUUCUACCGCUAUCCACAUAGCUCUUUCCAAUGUAAGAUUCUGUUUUGAAAAUAACGUAUCUGAAAGAGAUAGAUCAGAGUUCCAACAGCAAUUUUUUUCUUAAAUUCAUUCUGGUUGUAAAGCACUAUAAUCAAAAAUUCUGAUAGUGUAAAGAUCAUUGAUAAUGUCAUCAACAUGUUCUGUUAGAAAGUAAAUUGUUCUGUUAAACCUUACUUUCUCCAGUACACAAUUAGUAAUUCAGCUAAAGUGAUUGUUAAAUGCCUUUACUUUAUUGUCAUAGGUAUUUGUCUUUUCUUUUACAUUCUGUCAUUUUAAAAUAUGCCACCAACCUACAUGUGAAAUAAACAUGCUGACUUGUAAUCCUAAAGCAAUUCUGUAACACAUGAAUUGUCUCCUUCAUGUUGUCUAGCUUAAUUCUCUGUAUGAAGUAUUUGGGAUUUUAAAUCAGCUUUGAGGUGUAAUACCUUUCUCCAUUGUCAUUGUACUAAACUGCUGUUGUUUAUACCGUUUAAAUGAUUUACUUGAAAGCUGUUGCAGGAUUUAAAAAUAAAUGCUUGUAGUUAUAGCUGAUUUUGUUGUUCACUGUUUUAAAUUGUGCAACCACUUCAAUUAUAUUCAUUCUUCCUUGGCAACAUCUUAAA